AUGGGAAAUUGCGUUGGUGAUGAAUUCAGGAAUAUAAGAAUCUGUCUUUUGGGUUUGGAUGAUGCAGGGAAAUCAACCGUCAUACGUGCUUUGGCUUCGGAAAAUGAAGAUAUGAUUCUUUUAGAAAAUACAGCUGAUGUUUCACCCACAAAAGGCUUUACACUUCAGGAAUUUAAGUAUCGAAAAGCUGAAAUUAUUGCGUACGAUUUAGGUGGCGAUGAACGCAUUCGUUCCAUCUGGACGAAUUAUUAUCCCGAGGUUUUUGGUGUAAUUUAUGUAGUAGAUGGAAGCAAACAAAGCCGCCUUCAAGAAAGUGGGGAAGUGCUAGCUCAUGUGCUCAGUCAUGAAGAUCUGCGUAACAAGCCACUUCUGGUAAUUUUGAACAAAACGGACCGAGAAGGAUGCAUUGAUGAAAUACAACUUAGCGACCGUUUAAAUUUGCACAAUUUGGCAAAUUUAUAUCAAACUGAAAUUCGAGUGGAAAUUUGCCAGUCGAACGCAGGUACAGGUUCUCUCAUGGAUCCAGCACUAAAAGAUGGGUUUGAAUGGUUGCUUGAGAGAAUUUAUGAUAAUUAUGACCAACUCGAGAAAGGUGUCAAGGAAGCAUUACAAAGACUAAAGUGUUGUCAACAGCUACAACAAAUGAGGCGACAACACCAGCUAGCAGCUACUGCAAGCAGGUGCAGUGGAAAUUCAUACUCAGUCAUGCUAUUACCAUUUAUUUGUCAUUUUAUCACUAGAGAUUAUUUUCGCUGUUGUUAUUACGCGGUAAUUUGCUUUAAUUCAACUAUUUCCGAUGACAGAUCAAGUGAUACAGGCAUUGCUGCUGAAAGUGCUGAAGAACCUACUGCUGAAAUCGCAGUUGCUAGAGGUGCGGAAGCGCAUUGUAAUGAAUCUGAAACCAAUUAUAUGAGUAAGGAAAAUACUCCAAAUGAAACUGGAAAAUUGCCUAAACUUUCAAGGAAUGCAAUCUGCCCUUAUGAUCAGUCCCCCGGGACAUCAAUAAAUCGGCAACCUGAGAUGGAGUACCCCAAAUUAUUCGAAGUAAAACCCUUGUCAGCGUCUCAAGUACAGCAGGAUCCCGGACAGUCGAAUACAUUUCAUACACACAAAAUUAACCCAUCUCCCGCGGUUCCAGACAUACAAUUGGCGACAAAGUCUGCUGUUGCUCAAAUCAUACCCUUGUCCGUGUUACCCAGACUUGAGAAGGUUAAAGAGUCAACUCCAGGGACCGAAACAAUAUAA